UAAUAUAUAGGUUCGGAACCACUGGCGGUGACAGUACCCGACGACUCGUCGCGGUUCGUAAUAUUAUAUACAAUAUCUGGUGAACUUUAAGUUCGGCGAGUAUUUUAUUCUACGGCGGAGAGCAUUCACAGCGACAAUAAUAAUAUGAUCGGUGAGUACGUAAGCGCGUAAUAAUAACGGAGGUACCUGCCUAUUCGCUGUAUUCCAUAUUAUAUUUAAUAACAUUAAAAUAGGUACUUACAUUUUAAUUAUUAUAAUGUUGUUAUUAUUCCCACUUGUGGCGUGAUAAAAUUUGUAGAUAGGUAGUUAUUGACAAAUAAAUCUCCACCUAUUUAUAUUAUUAUUUUAUUUUUUUUCUAGUUUAUAUAGCUGAUUGAGUGUCUAUGUGGGGAAAAAAUCAUAAGUUUUAAAUAAAUAUAUUUUCGAGAUAGCGAACAAAAAAUAUAUUAAGUAUCUAUUAUUGUAUUAUUAUACGAGUGGACAGUUUUGCCAAUUUUAGCACGAUAUAAUAUUAUACGAGUAUUAUUAUAUUAUUGUUGUAGAAUAACGGUAACACGAUAAAAUAAUAUACAUAGCAGGGGUGGCCAAACGGUCGAUCGCCAUCGAUCCGUAUGUCGCAGAUGAUUUAAAUGUCGAUUUCCAUUUCGUUUGAAUAUAUUUUUAUGUAAUUAGUAGAUAAAUAACAAUUGCUGAUCAUUUUUAUACUAAUAUAUUAUUUUUAUUUUGCUGUACAUUUAUCAAGUAUUACUUAAAAAUUCGCAGAGUUUAACCAGGCCAAUUGUAUUUACAAUUUAUUAUAUUAUUACCUAUAUUAGUCUUAAUAAUAGUGCGAUGAAAAACAUUUAACUAUGCAUUUUAAUUUUAUUAUUUUGUACAUGUAUGUUUCUUGUCACCACCUAUUGGGUAAUUUAUAAGUAUAUAUUUUUGUUAGAAAGGCGACACUCAAAGGAAAAAUAUAUUCUUAGUGAGAUCUCUACCAAAAAAAAGUUUGGCCACCCCUGCUAUAUAGGUACUUAUCGAACGAAUAUUUAUAAUUAAAUCUGUAACCGGUAAUUAUUACCUAAUUUUGAGUGUGGUGCGUAUAUUAUAAAAAAAAUAUUAGUACAUAUUAUACAAUAUAAGUAUUCUAUAUUUCUAUAGUAAAUCGAUGUUCAGAUUGACUAUCGGUGUAAUUUUUUUUGUUUUUAAUCUAUAUUUAAUUUUGUGCAAUCUGUUUCUACGAGAAUAAUAAGCUUAUCAAUUGACUAAUAAAAUACAAUAACAGUCGUAAAUCAACAUCUGUCGCAUAUUCAACUGUUGACACAUUAUUAUCAUAUUAGGUAUCUAUAAUACAUAAUGUGACAAUACAAUUUUGCAAACAUCACUAAUCAUGUUAAUUGUUAUAGUGACAAUACCUACCAGCAUUAAUUUUUAAUUUUUUAUUAACAAUUGUUUAAUAUUAGUUAACGAAUGUAAGAAUCGAUUUUGCGAAGAACAUUCAAAAUAUGAGCGGUAAGUAGAUAUACGCCUACCUAACAAUUUUUUUGCGACAAAUUACACGCGUUUAAACGUAUUCACUCAUCACUGAUAUUAUAUUGUUCUUGAAAAAUGUAUCCCAAACACAAAAUAUUUCAAAUUUAUUUUUUAUACCAAAAAUAACGAUUAAAAUAUUAAUUUGAUAUUUAAUUUUUAAAAAUCAAUUUAAAUACUAAUCUAAUGAAUUAUACGAUGAAAAUUUAUUUGCAUGUACAUUUUCUAAUAUUUAAAAUGUGUAUUAUAAACCUAUUUGCUAUUUAUAAAGGUACACAUAUUGGUAUGUAUUUUAUAUAAACAAUUCCUUUACCCGCUUGCUGUAUAUUAUCUACCUACAUUCAAUUGCUGGCAUAAGAGGAAAUCUCACUUUUGGCCUUAUGACGUUCGGUAGUUUUAAAAUAUUUAAAUUUCGACCUUAAAUGACCGGAUGUUCUAUUAUAACUUUUUGACUUUAGGUAUUGUUUUUCAAAAUUUGAAAUAGGUAAACUAUCUACUUUAGUUGGUAUCCAAAUCCUUACGAAAACUAAUAUUUUUAAAAACCGAAACAGUAAUAAACAUUUUAUUUAUUUCAUAAUUAUUAUAAUUUUAAAUGUCACAGUUUCCUUACGAUACACAGUAUUUUAUUAAAAAAAGUGUCCGAGUGUUUUGUUUUAGUAACUUUAAUUAAUUUUUAAUAAUCGAUAACUAUUUUCCUAUUAACAAUAUAAUCCGUAAGAAAGAUAUAUAAUUGCGUGUUACAAUAUACUCUCAAAAGAAUUAGCAGGGAAAACACCACUGAUUUGAAGUACCUAGGUAUACCCAUAUAGUUAUAAAUCAUUUUAUAUUGAUAACAUACAAUUUUUUUUUUUAUAGGAUUUUUGUUGUAGAUUCGCAAAAUCGUUGUUAUUUUUUUUGUUUAUUUGACCAAUUUUGAUUUGUUAAACAAUGAUUUUACCUAUGUCCGGUAUGUAUUUAAUAUGGAUAAUAUUUAUAAUAAUAUAUAUCAUUAAUGAAUUUAAAAUUGUACGUCUUUAAUGCUGGUAAUGUUUUGCUUUUGUUACGAAAUGGUGUUUCAUAAUUAUUGUGAGAGAAUAAGCGUAUUAAUAUUGUUUUUUUUUAUUUUGAGUAGAACGGAGACACAAAAUAAUAUUUUAAAUUGCAUGCAGGGUGAUGGAGAUAGUUGGGUGGGUAUCUAAUUAUCUGUAAUUAGGUUUUCAGUUUCAAAACGGUGUGGUUGGUACUUUUCUUUGCGAAACUAUUUUUGAAGCAGCAAAGAAACUCAAAAAGUUUCAGCCCGCGACUUAAUUUUUCAAAUAUUUCAAUUUGAUGCUGAGAAACUGGAAAUAAAAUUAAGCAAGAACACACUUAACUGUUUUUAAUCUGCGGGCCUCUACUCAGAAUUUGAAUACAAUAUAAUAUAUAAUUUUAUUUAAAUGAUUUUAAUAAGUAUUUCCGCUAUCCGCCGUUCAAUAUAACUAUGUGCGUUUUUUACAGGCGGUUACGGAUGGAUUCCUCCAUUAGAACACCCGAGCGAGCUGGUCUGGGUACCAUGCGAUUCCGGCGAUCCAUUGCCAAGGGGAGCUGUCCACGUGGGCAUGGACAAGAACGGUGAUAGAUUGUACGCAGGGCGCGCUUUUCACGAAGGUGACUUACUACCAGCAAAAAUAAACCCAAACCAUUCGUCGGCAUACGUGUGCUGGGGAGGUUUAGAGCACGCCAUGAGUCACUUCGAGGUUAGAUUGUUGAACUUAAAUGAAAACAAUUAUUUGCAUUACUCCAAAGCCACCCGCAGGAGGCAAUAGGGCCGUGGCUCAUUCUCACUUUAGAUGAUAUACGUUAUACAAACACUCAAUUAUUUAAACCACGGAACAUGGAUUUAUGAUUUAAAUUUUAAAUAUAAAUUUUUUUUAUAUUAAUUAUUAUUUUUGAUUAUAUCACAAAUCCUAACAUGAAAUUUAAAAUUUGUUUUACAUAUAGGUUUACAAAACGGAACAAAUUGUAAAGAUAAAAUAUUUUUUGUUGGCUUCCCCCGAGAUAUAUUUCUGCGGGUGGCCAUGAAUUACUUCAUGCCAUAAUAUUAUUAACGAAUUGUUUUACGUUUUAUUUUCAGGUUUUAUGUCACACGAGCGUAGCUUGGCAAAGUUCUUACGAGAAUCGUAUUCCAUCGAACGCAAUUGUGAUAGGUUCCACCGUAAGCGGCGAAAAACUGUACAUGGGACGUGCGCUUCACGAUGGCACAUUAACUCCUGGAAAAGUAAUUCAUACAAUUAUUAUUAUAUGAUAUUCAAUUUGGUACUAUAUUGGUACUUGGCAAUCAAAUUAUUUGAAUGCGUUAGGUAAGGUAAUGCACAUAAGACAUAUAAGGUUAUGCCUAUAAGUCAUAAGUUACAAUUAAUCGUAUAAAUAUGAUAAAUACCUAGGUACUUAAUAUGGUACUAGGUAGAUAGGUACCUAAAGUACAUUGAAUAAUAUUAAAUUUCAGAAUUUGAAUUUGCAAUUAAGCCAUUAAGGGGGAUUGGCGAUGGUUUUCCAAAUUUUUCCAAUUUUGUGCAAUUUAAGAAUUGGUUUACAUUUGAAUGAUAUAUACCCAAAAGAUAAGAAUUGUUCACUUAUCUACCGCUGUUAACUAUUUAAAGGGAGGGGUAUGACCGGUUUGCGAACGAAUUUGAUUGAUAAGACAGACAAAACUGUAGGAAUUUCGUUUGACGGAUUUUAACUCUAAAAAUACAUUACGACUCUUCAUGUUCAUUAUAAUUUUUUUUUCAGGAUACGUGGGAAUUUUAAUUUAAAUUCUCUUUAUUAUAAGUAUAAGGUAAAAUACUUUAAAUAUACAUUUUUGAGUUAUUGAAAGAGUUGUUUAAAAAUCGUUUUAAAAAGUUGGUGCAAGAUUUCAUUUACGAUUUCUAAACUUCCAGUAAAAUAAUUAAAUUUUUAUUUUCAAAAUAUCCUAGUGGAGAACCUAAAGAAUUAUUUUUAAAAUUGAAAUCCAUCAACCGUUCUCGCUUCAAUCGGCUAAAAUAUACACCGUCAUCAACAUGAGAGGAUUCCUCAUGUUACCUACUCUAAUAAUAUUUUAUAUCAUUAAUCAGAUUUUUAAACAGAUUAAUUUUCAUAGAACUUUAUUGAUUAUCAAUAUAAUUUGUUAAUGAUUUUAAAAUUUAUUGUAAUAUAUAUUAAUUAAUUAAUAUAUAUUAUGCGGUUCAUCUCACUGUUUGUUCUGUUACGGAAAUCAUUAGGCCAGUGGCGGUCAAAUAAUUUUGUCAUCGGGAGGGAUAAGGAUCAUUUUUAAGAACUAUAUAAUUUAAUAUUUUAUAGAGUAAUUUUUUUAAACUUGCUCACCCCGUUUGUAUGGUUAAAUUAUGCCUAAAUUCUCAAAAUGUAUUUUUUUUAAAUAUUUAAGUGCAGUGAACGACGAUAUUUUCACAACAUUUAAGGAGUAUCGUCUGGGAUAAUAACUUUGGUUUUCCUAAUGAAAAUCUACAAAUUUUGAUACAAAUUAUAAAUUAGAUGACUUUCUGAAAAUGUUGACGUAAUAACGUAUUGCAAUCGAAAUUUGAAUGAUAUAUUUCUGAGUUAUUCUAAUACUAAGGAUAAUAGUUUUUUAGUUGGAUAUCAACUGUUUCAUGUAUGUAGAUAAUUUCUUGUUUUCAUUCGUGUAGUUAUUAACCUGUAAUAUUUCAGCUAGAAUAGCUCAAAUAUUUUUUGUUCAAAUUUCGAUUGAAAUACUUCAACAUUUAUUUAGAUAAAUCAUCUGAUUGAUGAUUUACAUAAGAAUAUGUAGAUUCUUAUUAGAAAAACCAAAGUUAUUAUUGUCACGGGAUACUUCUUAACAGGUAACAUUGUACAUAUCUAAGUAUUCGGAAAUAUCGUCUUUCACUAGACUUAAAAAUUUAAAAUAUGAUUAUAAAAUACAAUUUAUGAUUUUACUUUUUUAGAUUCAACCCAGUCAUAGAUCACUUUACAUACCGUAUAACGGAGAAGAGGUAGCUGUUGACGAGUAUGAAAUCAUGAUUUUUCGACCACCUGCAACGAUUGAUUAAAAUUUAUUCAACAAUAUGAUAUAUAUUUGAUGUUAUUAUUAACUGUUAAAUUAAUUAUUAUAUUUUGAAAACAAUUUUAAAUCAAACAAAACGUAGUAACUAUACAUAUAUAGUUAAAUCGCACAAAUAAUAUUUAAAAUGCGUUUUAUAUUACAUUACGACUAUCACAUUAUUACGUACAUGUAGUAUUUGCGUUUAAUAUGUGCACAUUAUUUUGUUAUUUUACGUUACAUUAUAUCUAUAUAAAGAGCGAUGAAGCUAAAAUAUUAGUAAAUUGUAUUAUAAUAUAUUUUUUUUUUUAUUUAAAAUAUCAUAUUAUAGUAAAACCUGUAGUACCUGAACAUUUUUUAAACCUCUCAGUACCUAAAAAAAAAAAAUAAAAAAAUACUGUAAAGGCGAUAAAUCAAGAUAUUAAGUUAGCGCGAUUGUCGAUCAUCAUGCCUAGUAAAUUGUCUAUCGCUGAUCAGUAAAUCGAUGUUGAGCGUUUAAUUGUCUAGUUGUAUGCCCGUCAAAUACCUACUUAGUGGUUAUAUGUUCGUGCGGGCCGUUAAAUUCUAUUUUCCCCGGGCUGGUUCAUGCCUAUAACCGCCCCUGGUUCAAAAUAUUCGUAAAUACUUGAAAUAUUAAUAGAAAACUUAUAUUUACGGUUUCUAAGCGUAGUAAAAUGUUCAAAAUAUUUGAGCACGUUUUAGGCAAUUUAAAUGCAUUUUAAUUUUGCGAAUUAUUUACGUAGAUUAUAUUUGGUAUAGGUUAGGUUUUAACUAAUAUUUUUUAUACCUGCCUUAAUAAAGAAAUUUUCCAUGAAUUAUGGAAAACUUCUUUCUUUUCCUCAGUUUUUAAGAAAGGUGACCCCUCACUAAUUCCAAAUUAUAGGCCUAUCUUUAAAAUAUCAGCUAUUCUAAAACUAUUAUCUAAUUUAAUUUCUUCUAAAUUAACUAGCUAAUUUUCUUUAUACCUAUUUAAAAAUUAACAUGGUUUUAUAUCUAAAUGUUCAACAUGCACUAAUUUAUCUUUAAUAAAAUACUUAAUACUAAAUUCAUUUGACUCUUAUGCACAAACAGAUAUUAUUUAUAUGGUCUUUUCUAAAGCGUUUGACUGUGUUAAUCUUGAAAUGUUAUUUUUAAAAUUAAAUUAUUUUGGUAUUUUCGUUUUUCUGGCUUUACAAUGAUGUUUUUUUUUGUUUUCUUAUACUGUGACAAAAACUUCUACCAGAAAUUUUAUUUCAAUAUGUAAAUGUAGCACCUUUUCUGAAAGAAAAUAUUGUCAUAUUGUCUAAAUGUUUCUAUAGGAAGGUAAUUUUUUGAUUUUUCAAACAGUUUUCAUAAUAUCAGGAAAACUAAGGAUAAAAUUUAAGAAAAACGGGAAAAUUUACGAAAAUAAUGCUCUUACUAUUUUCAAUUUUGUUUUUGUUGUAAUUCAGUUAAAAAUAUUCGUAGAGACUUGAAACUUAGACAGUAAACUUUAUAUUUACUUUUUCUUGACGUGGUAAAAAUUUUGAGUAAUUUAUAGAUAUUUUAAUUUUGUGAAUUUUUACGUGAUUUUUAUUCGGUAGGUACUAUGUGGAUAAAAUUGUUAGACCAAACAGAAAUGCUUGAAAAUUCAACAUGAAGUUCAUUAAAAGUCGUACUUUGUGGUAAAAAAAGUUUUGAGUAGAGGCUAACUGGCUCAUCAAUUUUAAAUAUUCAUCGAAAUGAAAGCAUUAAUAUAGAAACUAUUGUUGAUCAAACAAUAUUCAUAUAUAUCAUCAAACCGCUUGCAAAACGCUGCUUGAAAUUAUUUUGGAUUUGGUCAUC